ACACCAGCUUCGCAUGCAUUGCACUGAAGACAUGUCCAAGAAGACAAUGAUCCCAAGGGUGAAGCUGGGAACACAGGGAUUGGAGGUAUCGAAGUUGGGGUUUGGAUGCAUGGGUCUGAGUACGGCUUACAAUUCACCAGUGCCAGAAGAGCAAGGGAUUGGCAUCAUUAAGCAUGCAUUCAACCAAGGGAUCACCUUCUUUGACACCUCUGACGUUUAUGGACCUCAUACUAAUGAGAUCUUGGUUGGCAAGGCGUUGAAGGAGUUGCCUAGAGAGGAGUUCCAAUUGGCAACGAAGUUCGGCAUUGAGAAAUCAGGUAGAUAUGGUGGCAUGGUGGUGAAUGGGAGACCAGAGUAUGUGAGAGCUUGUUGUGAAGCCAGUCUCAAUAGACUCCAAGUUGACUAUAUUGAUUUGUAUUAUCAGCAUAGGAUUGAUCAAACUGUUCCUAUUGAAGAAACUAUGGGAGAAUUAAAAAAAUUGGUGGCAGAAGGGAAAGUGAAGUACAUUGGCUUAUCAGAAGCCAGCCCUGAUACAAUCAGGCGUGCUCAUGCAGUGCAUCCUAUUUCUGCAGUUCAAAUGGAAUGGUCUUUGUGGGCUCGUGACAUUGAACAAGAAAUUGUCCCACUUUGCAGAGAGCUUGGAAUUGGAAUAGUACCAUACAGUCCACUUGGCCGGGGAUUUUUUGGUGGGAAAGCAUUUGUGGAAAAUCGUUCUGAAAACACAAUUUUGGCUUCACAUCCGAGGUUCUCUGGGGAGAACUUGGAGAAGAACAAAACGCUAUAUGUGAGAGUUGAAAAUUUGUCUAAGAACCAUCAAUGCAGCACUGCUCAACUAGCUCUGGCUUGGGUUCUUCAUCAAGGGGAUGAUGUUGUUCCUAUCCCUGGAACAACCAAAAUAAAAAAUCUGGAUAAUAACAUUGGUGCUUUACAAGUGAACCUGACAGAGGAAGACCUGAAAGAAAUUUCUGAUUUAGUUUCAGAAGAAGAGGUAGCAGGUUCCAGAUCUUUUUCUGAAAGUUCUGAAAAAUUCAGCUGGAAAUAUGCAAACACACCACUUCCUAAAUCAGCUUGAGAUUUCAAACCACAUCUUGGUGUUAUAAAGCUAAAUUUUGGAUAAUAUAAUAAAAGAUGGUUAUAUGAGACCAUUGUCAAAUGCUGAAUAGUGCUUGAAUUGUUGAUUGAUGGUUAGAGAUUGAAAGGCUAUGCCAGUAAGAUGUAUGAAUUGAAGGCAUUUGUAUCA